GUGCGCGAAACUUCGAGUCGUGAGAAUCGAUUCUAUCGAAUCUCGGAGCGUCGAUAUCAGCCCAUCGUCGUCUCGGGCUCUGCUUUCCUUUUCCAUUUCCUGUUUCGGAAUCACUGUUUCGAGGUUAAGUAGUAGAAAUGGCUCCUAAAAGAGGGAAGGUUCAGAAGGAGGAGGUCCAGGUAUCCCUCGGUCCCCAAGUUCGAGAGGGAGAAAUCGUCUUCGGGGUUGCACACAUCUUCGCGAGCUUCAACGACACUUUUGUCCACGUUACAGACUUGUCUGGCAGGGAAACCAUCGCUCGCGUCACUGGUGGAAUGAAAGUAAAAGCUGAUCGUGACGAAGCAUCUCCCUAUGCCGCUAUGUUGGCUGCUCAGGAUGUGGCCGAAAAAUGUAAAUCGCUCGGAAUCACAGCGCUUCACAUUAAAUUGAGGGCUACCGGAGGCAACAAGACAAAAACCCCGGGACCAGGAGCUCAGUCUGCUCUCCGAGCUCUCGCUCGUUCGUCGAUGAAGAUUGGCCGCAUUGAAGACGUAACCCCUAUCCCUUCGGAUUCAACCCGCAGGAAGGGUGGUCGCCGUGGUCGCAGGCUGUAAUUUAUUAUUACUGUGGUACUGUACAUGGUUCGCUACCUAAUUCUAAUAAAAAAGUAAACUCAA